AGCUGGGCUGCGCAGAAAUGGUGCGCAGACACUCCGCUUAUUUCACUUCCUUGAAGCGAGGUCAUAUAAAACCGUUUUCUUCAAUCGUUGCGUUCUCCCGUAGGUUCGCAACAAAGACUGGCUGGAUUUAAAGACUGAAGACUCAGCUGUAAGUCAUUCUCUCCAUCCAGUUCCACCAAGCAGUGUCCUGUCUGCUUCCACCAUGUGUUCUCUCAGAGAAGACAACCAGUUGGAGUCAGAUCACAUGGCUGAUUUUUCCGAUAUAAACAGUCGCCUGGACUCAUUCCGUGGCUCUAGUCUGGCCCAGCAAAUACCAGCUGAAAGGUUGGCCCGGGCCGGCUUCUACUUUACUGGCUGUGCCGAUCGUGUCCGCUGUUUCAGCUGCGGGAAGACUGUGGAAAACUGGUGCAGGGGGGACACACCGGUGGAGAGACAUAAAGAGGUUUCCCCGUCAUGCAUAUUUCUCAGCUUCACCCAACGCACCAAUUUCAACCUAAGUUGUGAAAACAGACUGACUAAUGGUUUUUCAUACAACGAAGAAGCAGAAGACAUGGAAUAUCGUUUGAGGAGAGGAGAGGUGGUGGAUGAGUCCACCUACCCAAUGGCCCCUCAUAUGAGGAGUGAGGAGGCCCGGCUUCAUACCCUGUCUACGUGGCCCUCUAGUGCUCCUGUGAGACCCCGAGAUCUGGCCCAAGCCGGCCUCUAUUACCUCGGCCAGGGGGACAAGGUGCAGUGCUUCUGUUGUGGAGGCAUGAUGGCUGGCUGGGAAGUGGGGGACACCGCUUGGGAAGAGCAUAACAAACAUUUUCCCAACUGCUUCUUCAUCCUCGGUCACGAUGUGGGCAACAUCCCACUGCAGGGGGUGGCAGUGGAGGAGGAGAGCGGCGGCAGACAACAUGCAAGCGCUCGUGUCCUAAUGGGGAGUUUUGAGGAGAGGCUUGGGAGCUUUGCAGGCAUCUCUCAUUCGAUUGACCACGAGAGGCUUGCCAGAGCUGGCUUCUACAGCUCAGGCACUGGAGACAAGGUGUUAUGUUUCCGGUGCGGUGGGGGCCUGAAAGGUUGGCAGCCUGAAGAAGACCCUUGGGAAGAACAUGCCAAACACUACCCUGGAUGCAGCUUCCUGAUAACAGAAAAAGGACAAGCAUAUGUCAACAGUAUCCAGCUACAAGACCCACGACGUAACAGAGCUGCUUCAACUAAUCAGAAUGGAUUUUAUGGACAUGGGAAUGAGGUGCUGGAGUCCGCCAUGGCUCAGAAGGCCGUUGGGAUGGGUCUGGAGCCCAGUGUGGUGGAAAAGACUAUCUUGGAUAAAAUCAGCAACACAGGCUCCGACUACUCAACCCUGGAAGCACUUGUGGAGGAUAGUCUUAACAACUCACAGAAGCAAGAUGAGGACCCGCUGGAGAAACUGCGGGAGCUGCAGAGAGAGAAACUGUGCAAAAUAUGUAUGGACAGAGAUAUUGGAAUCGUCUUCAUCCCAUGCGGACAUCUGGUCACCUGUACAAAGUGUUCAGAGUCAUUCACCAAGUGUCCGAUCUGCUGUGGAGCCAUAACACAGAAGAUCCAGACCUACGUUGCCUAACUGCAUCUCAGACAUUUGCAAAACAUCAACGCUGCUUUCUCACUGACUUUAUAAUAUUGUAUUUUAAUACAAAAUGUAGAUAGCCUGUGAAUUAUGUUUGUGUAUAUAGAUAUACAUAUAUAUAUAUAUAUAUGAGAGAGAGUGAGAUAAUGUAGUUUGUAUGUGAAUGAGUAAUCAUCACUAUGUUUUCACAACCAUUCAGGUGGUAAAUAGCUGAUAAUAUACGAUGGGAGGACUGGUAAAUGGCUGGUAUUGAUUUUGUAGGUGAAACUUUCAUUUCACAUUUGAAAUAAUUACCGUGUUGCCAAAAGUGCCUUUCUCUAGGUUCAUGUACUUGUGUCACAUUUUCUUUGUUUGAUUAUGUACACGUGGCAAUUGAUCUUGAUAUUGGAUAGGAUAACUGCUGAUUUCACACACUCAUGCCUGACUCAUCUAUUUAGUAUGCGGUACCUAGGCCCUCAUCCUUGUCUUUCUGUGCUUCAUAUUGCAAUGUGUAAAAGUAGAUCAUUAACUCAUUCCAAAUUCUUUAGAACGGACUUAAUCAACACUACACAAGACUUACACUCAUUCAAUCUGCAAUGAAUCAGUGAUGUUUGAAAUUAUUUUACCAUUCCAUCAUCUGUUGUGUCGUAAAGAGUGAAUAAAUUGUAAUAUUUUUGGACUGGGAUAAUGUUUUUCCUUGAUCAAUACUAUACUUAA